AUGCUCAACGACCCUCCCGCACCGAGCCCAGCCAUCCCAAUAUACAGGCCUUCCGAGAAGGCCUUCAACACAACGCCACAACAUAUUAUAAUGUCAACAGCAGCCAUCACAGACUAUAAAAAAGUUCAUCGGAUACCAAAAAUACGCAAACCCCGACCUCGAUCGGCUGGAGCAUCCAGUCGCCCAAUGCGAAACGAGAAUAUCGCAGAACUAGUGCGCUUCUUUCAAGCACAGGAAGAUACGGAGGAAGUCAACCUACCCAAGAAACCUACUAACGGAAAUAUGGACCUGAUCAAGGCGGGUCAGCGCCGCCUUCGAUAUCUGGGUCAGACCAAAGCUGAGAGGACAUCAGUGAAGGGCUCUGAUGCAUCAAGUAGCUCAUCCGAGAAACGCACAACCCAACGGCAACACUGGGUAGCUUUACAGCGUGAAGGGUUGCUCCCAGGUCUUGGAGACUCCUCCGAUAAAUCUCGUCCAUCACGGACAAAGCAAGAUGUAGAAGCCAUUGGACGUCCAUGGCUUGACGACGCGCUAGCAUCAAGAACCAGUAAUGACAACAGAUCGACAUCGCAAACUACAUUACCUCUUCACGGCUUGCACAGUGAAUCCUUGAGUCUAGGAGACUUGGCAGCUCUCGUCGAAUUUUCCGUCUCGUUUCCAGAAUUGUAUCCUCACGAGUCCAGUCCGCCACCGUAUCAAGCCCGGGCCCAACCCGACUCUCAGCCUCAGUCAGAAUCGCAACAACGACAACAACAACAACAACAACAACAGCCUUCUAGUCUCACCUUGGUGUCAGCAACGGAUCGACCGUACAUCCAACCAACCCACAAUGUAAAUGAAGAUGAUCCGCCGGCGACACACCCAAAUGGAGGCCAGAGCCGUGAUUUGCGGGUUGGCGGAGCUAAUCCAGCACUAAACAAAACUAUCCAGGGGCACCGUGUCGCCGGAGCCCUUGGCUCUGGCAGAAAGGCCCAGAGCAAGCCCAACACGGACAAGGGCGACGAUGACAGCUGCUGUGGAUCUAACUGUGACUGUGAUGACGCGAAAAGUCUUGCAGUGCUUCUCCGGGCGACGGAGCGAUUAGGGGUUGAGAAAAAGAAAAACAGUGCCCAGAAUUUGGCGGAGCAGCCUGCCACCACUUCUACCUCUGCUCCUCCUUUGGUUGCCGCUACUUCCGCUCGAACCUCGACUACGACUGCAACUACAACCACCACAAAAACAUUUAGUGCAGCCACUGAGAGAAACAAUGAACAGCCUCACUCUCUCAACCAAGGGGUCACCGACACUCCUUGGUUCGAAAAGAAGCUGCGAGUGGACGAAAAAAACGACGGAGUUCAAGCCGCCCAGGAACUAAGCACUAAUUUCAUCAAAGCUUCCACUUCCAGGGGAACACACCAACCAGCACCCCUGUCGCCAGCUGAACCGGGCCUGUCAGUGUCAAAGCCUCGCAAUGGAGCCAACGCCGGCCCCAUACCGCUAAAACUAGUCGCUGAGUGUAUGUCUCCCACCAAUUCUACUACGAGUAAGCCUGUUGUUUCCCCACAGCAGCCGCCGUUGAGCCCACAAGAUCCCCAUCCUCGGGCUGGAUUUCAAGGCCGUUUGAGUUUGACAGACGACUCGGCCCCAGUGCUGGUGCACCCUCGCUCUGUUUCUUCUAUUGGCCCAAGCUUGGCGAUUUUUCCUCGUCCUCGAGCUCUUCUUUCCCCAAUUCCCAUUCAAUCUCGUCGCGCUCGCAGUGCGACUCCGGAUGUCGCAGCAUCUGAUAGUAGCAGCAACAAAAAGGGAAAGAAGAAAGUUAAGAGAGCUCCGUUGUAUGUAAUUACAGACGCUGCUCCUCUGCCUCCACCGGCGAAGCCUUUACCUUUAAUCCCACAAAGUGCAGGCGCUAAUAUCAGCAACAACCCUGCUCCGAGGGACAGGAAUAUUUCGACACCUGUACACCCGGUUUCUGCACCCUUGGAGUAUAGAGAGGAAGACAGAGACAGUCCAAUUCUAGGGAUGAAUCCUCAAAAGUUGCGAUUGCGGCGGUCCUGGAUUGGGCCUCGGCCAUCAUCUCAAUACUCAAGCAGGAGCAAUGAUGCCUCCGAUGGCACUAGUAUCAUGAGCGAUGACCAAACGCCGAGCACUGCGUCUCCUGCUCUUUCCAGACCAGAAUCUCGACGAGGACGGGCUGAUCAAGUUCAUGCUCUUCGAAUGCGGGAUUUGGAUGCCAGCAAAAAGAGAGAAGCGUCUGUAACUGACACAGAACUUCAUGAUGCGACACAGAUGAGACAUGCCAGCAUUGUCAGCACACAGUCUGGCUCCCCAAGUCAGAGUGAUGCAUGGAAAUCAACUCAAAGGCAUCGUGUCAGUGCAGUACCUGAAAUCCCACUUCCCAGGGAUCCACCCGUCAAUGCCCAAGGCACGACUAACCACCGGCGACGAAACUCUACAGCUUCUCUGCCAGGGUCUGUCGCAACUACAAAUGGCUAUGAAGAAGGUUUAUCUCGCAGUGCCAGUGUGACUAGUAGCUCCAUUGAAAGUCUCUCUAUCCGACAUGGCAAGGCAGCCUACCCGACAAGAGAUACCACUAGAAACUCGAUCCAGGGACGAAUCCAACCUGAUUCGCCAUUGCUGCCGUCUUCUGAUGAAGAGAGGCAUAAACCUCGUUCACGUCCUCACAAGGACAACCUUAGGACGGAGGCCGGCGCCAGUGAACGGAUAGCCACUGGAAAACAGAAAGCAGUUUAUGACCAAUCAUUGUCUUCAUUGUCAGAAACCGCACAUGAUGCAACAAUACUCGCCGGCGACUCUCAGAUAAACUACCUCCACCUUGUCCGAAGUUUGGAGUCUCGCGUGGCCACAUUGGAGCGACAGAACAAGAUGCUUCAAGCUGCUUUGCUCGCCGCUCUUGACGUGGGUGUCUCUCAUGAUGCCGACAGUGUUCACAGUCGCUCUGCAAGUCCAUCUUUGAACCCCAUUAGGAUACCAACAAUCACUGAAAGAUCGAUGCUUUCACCCCAUGGUUUGGGCGUUGAUACCGCUCGCCAUGUGCAAGGAAACUCGUCGCAGAGGCGUCGCAAAAGCCGUAAUGCGUCUUACACACAUGAUGACGCGUCACAAGAGAGCCGCGGAAGUUUUGAAACUACCAGCUCCAAUAGCGAUAGCAGUUUGAGGGAGGUUGAGGUUAUGUUGAGUGAUGUCGAUGUGGGAGACUCGACCCGAAAGAUCCGUCAAUAG